AUGCUUAGAGCUUCAGUGUCUGGUCCUUUGAGACAGUUUCUCAGGUUUCAGUCAACAGGUGCGAUUCCUGAAGCUACUCAAAGUGCAAAACAGCUACCCAUAAAUGUUGAAGCAGUGUACCACGCACCAUUGAAAAAUUCCAUUAUCCACGGUGACUUAAUAGCAGAUGUGCAACUACGUUCGUAUGAUCACGAAAAUCUGGACUUCUAUGCGGAUUUCAUGUUGAGAGCAGGUUUCUACCUAGGGAUGCCGUUGACCGGUCCCAAGCCGUUACCAACAAGAAGAGAGCGUUGGACCGUGAUAAGGUCGCCUUUUGCACAGGCCAAGUCCAAGGAGAAUUUUGAGAGACACACGCACAAGAGAUUGAUUCGAGUGUGGGACUCAAAUCCGGAAGUUGUGGAGCUUUGGCUAAGCUACAUCUCAAAACACUCAAUCGCUGGAGUGGGCAUCAAGUGCAACAUGUAUCAAAAAGAGGGCGUGAAACUACAGCAAACGCUAACGAAAAGCCCUCUCUUGACCGAAGAGCGCAAGUCACAAUCGCUGGACGAAGUCGUGGGCGAAAAGGUCUUGGAGCUUCUGGAUAACGAGGCCUUCAAGAAGCAUAUGUAG